CACUGCUCACCUGGGGACACACAGUGGCACUGACUGCCAAGCCCCCCCCGGCCAACAUUACGCAGCAUCAUAUUCGAUUGAAGGGUCUAUCGGCACGACAGCGGAUCGCCCAGCAUAGAGCAAGCUAUCACGGACACCUAGCCAGCGGCCACCUAUACCCAGCCGAGCCACCUCAAUACCUACCGCGCAUUCCAGCAUCAUGCCACCCGGCCGACUUGUUCAGGGUUCGCGCCGCCCUCAGCCAACUGCCUCCGCGUCCACAUCAGCCCACAAUGGGUCCGACCUGCCCCCCUAUGAGCCUCCCUCGCAUCCAAUGAACGAUGCAGGCAGACAGGCCCUGGCCAACCUCACCAACAACAACGCGGAGAUGCGCAAGUACGAGGACCAUCUUUCCAAAUCCGCUACCUACUUGCGAGAGGCCGUCGGCGCCAUUAACGAUACCCUGUUUGCUCGUAAAUCACAGCUGACGGGCAAGAUCGAAAAGCGACGUGGCCGUGGUGAAUCUGAAAAGGGCGAAGACGAGGCCGAGCUCGAGGAAUACGUCAACAAGCUACAUGGAGAUGUGACCCAUUUGACUGAUGAGAUCGAGGCUGCCUUGCGACAGGUUAUUGACUACCGCGCCGAAGUUCAGCGCGAGAAGUUAGUUUUGGGCUCGGUGGCAGACCAGGUACAGAGCGAAAAAUCCCGCCGGGAACGCCCCUCACGGAAACGGAAAGCUGCACAGCGGGUCAGCGGCGAUAGUGAUGAGGAGAUGGGUGGUGUCGAUGCCGAGCCUGAAGAGGCAGAGGCCGUCGGAGCUAAGGACGAGGCCCCUCUGACCGGCGUGCGCGAGGCACUCCACAAGGCAAGAGAUUCCAACGCGAGACAGUACCGUGCCACGAGUGCUUAUGACCGUUACGCUUCCAACAACGAGUACAUCGCUUUCAAAAAGAUGUGGCAUGAUGCCCAGCACCCCGAAGACCAAGUGCCCCUUCCCGAUGCGUCCACUUGGUUUGAUAACCAAGGCAGGCCUAUUUGGGAUGGUGCUCCGGCGGGUGAUGAGGACCUCAUUAUCGAGCGCGAGGUCCAGGACCUCACUUGCAAGUUAACGCUUCGACCCUUGAAGGAGCCAUACGCCAACCACAAAUGCCCACACGUUUUCGAGAAAACCGCAAUAAUGGAGUACUUGAGAGGCACUGGGGGCAAAGCACAGUGCCCUGUGUGCACCAAGGAGCUUCGCAUCAAGGACCUGUAUCUUGAUGAACUCACAUUGCGCAAGGUCAAGCGAGCUGCUCGAGCAGCAAGGGAAAGCGAGGACAGGAGCUCCAAUGCUGAUCCCGACGAACAAAUGGAUGAAAGCGUCCUCAUGGGUGAGAGUACCCAAUUACGGUCAGGCCGUGCGAACAACGGGGUGAAACAGGACGAUUCUGAGUGAGAAAGGUUGUCUUUUGCAUCGAGCUAAUGAGGGCGGCCGCUACAUAGCGGAGUCUAUUCCACCCCUGAUCAAACCCCAGCAGGCGAACCACUCCUUCGGCAGUUACCGCGCACUGUUUGUUGUCACCUCAGCAGAGACGUUGCCAUGCCUUGCAUUUCUAUGUUGAUCAUAUUGAAACCAGUCUCGGGUAACCGUUUAGUGUAGGGUGGUUGCUUGAAGAGAUAAACCCUCGAAACUCCACAUGUAUUUGUAUGUCCACAGUACCCCUGUCGUGCUUCUAA